AUGAAGACACUUGUCCUCCUCUCUGCCCUUGUCCUGCUGGCCUUGCAGGUGCAAGCUGAUCCUAUCCAAGAGACAAAUGAAGAGACUAAAACUGACGAACAACCAGGGGAAGAGGACCAGGAUAUGUCUGUCUCCUUUGAAGUCCCAGAAGUCUCUGCUCUUAGCCGUAAUGUACCAGUGAGAGUGAAGUAA